UCCAUUUUGAUAUCUUAUUCUCCUAUGUUCUACUUACUAUCAAAUUAUAAAAUAAUUUUUUUAAACAGAAAAUCCAACCAACUCUUUACAUAUAUCAGUAUCACAUUCACUUCUUGCCACUGCGAAAGUACAUUACCUUCUAAGCCAACCUUUCUCUUCCAAUUAACAGCAAUGGUGAAUUCUAAUUCUGACCCAUCAAACCCACUCAGUCACUUGGUAGAGAACAUUUCCUCUUACGACACCAACGUUAUGCUUGCAGCUGUGGUUUCUUUGCUUCUUGUUAUCCUCUUUGUGUUGCUUCUUCACAUCUACGCCAAGUGGUUCUUAGCACAAGCUCGACAGAGACGAAGAAACUCCAUCUCUGUUUCUCAAGUCCUACGCCCGGCUCAUCGUUUCCACCAAUUCCAUUCAUUCACAUUUGAUACUACUACUACGCUAUCUUCAUCUCCUUCCAAGGGUCUUGAGCGGUCCAUAAUUGCUUCAAUUCCGUUGUUUGUUUACUCCUCAAAUGAAUCAAAGCAAGGGUUGGAAUGUGUUAUUUGUUUAAGUGGGUUCGAAGAUAAUGAUGUUGGAAGGUGUUUACCGAAGUGUAGCCAUUGUUUCCAUGUUGAGUGUAUUGAUAUGUGGCUGCAUUCUCACUCGAAUUGUCCCACUUGUAGAGCUCCAGUUGGUGGCGACAAGAAUGCUGCUAUUUCCGCUACUGUUAAUGCAGAAGAGAACGAUCUGAGUAAUAAUUCAAUUGAGAAUGUAGGUGUGGUGGAUUUGUUGGAGAUUGUGGUUGAAGGAGAGUCAAGAUUGGAGAGAAGAAGCAAUGUAUCAGAAUCAAACUGUGAGAUCAGUGAUCAGGAUGCUAUAGGAAUGAAUGAUACUUCUUCUUCUUCUUCUUCUUCAUCAUCAUCGUCGUCUUCAUUGGGGUGUUCUUUGAAAAGAAUGUUGAGUAGAAAUAGAUCUGAAUGCAAAGUGUUUCCUUCAUCCAAGAAUCUUGUCAAUGAACUAGAUGCUUAACACUUUGACAGAGACACAGAGUCACGGCUAUCUUUUUUUCAGUGUUUUGUAUCUGGAUUGAUUGUAUAGAUUUCUUGAAACUUGUUAGUAUCAUCUUUCUAAUAGUUCCCAAUUGGGCCCGGUAA